UACGAUGUUUACAUUACUCUCGCACGCUGGCGCCUUGGUCUGACAACCUCUCCCGGAAUGCGGAUAUGUCGAGGUGUAAAAAAGAUAUAUGAGAGUUUGAACAGCAUAAUGGCAUUCGUUAUAUCAGCUUUCAACCAGGUGCCGGGGAAAAUAUAA